ACACAUUGUGUUUUCAAGGUAGGGGACGAGAUCCUGGAGAUCAACGGUGAGAGCACAAAGAACAUGAAGCACGCACGCGCCAUCGAGCUGAUCAAGAACGGCGGCCGGUGGGCGCGGCUCGUCCUCAAGCGGGGCGACGGAUCCGUGCCAGAAUACGCGAUGAUGGCUCCUCAUCUCGCUGUUGGUACUAUGAGGAAUGAGAAGAUGGGAGAGCCCUGUUUCUACCUUAUGGGACAAAAUCAGACCACGACGGCAGCAAUGACGGGUACCCUCCCACACCCGGGGCACAAGACUCUGCGGAAGUGAGACAUCUGCCGCCCAAGAGCCGAUAUCACACCUCAUUGGAGUCCAGCUAUCCACCAGACCUUCACACACCAUCACGCCAGGAGGAGGCGGUGCGCGGGCGAGACAGAGACCGGGCCGGGGCGGACCGGAUGGACUAUGAGGGCCGGCAGUUCCCCCCCCACCAUCAUCACACCUGGAACAACAACAACCACAGCAAAAGUACUCCCAGACAACCGUCUCCCAGACAACCGUCUCCCGACAACCAGAGCAGCGGCGGCGGCAAGAAGGGCCGAGGGCGCAAGGUGAAGAAAUCAGAGUCGGAGAGCGGCAUCUCCAAGCUGCUGAAGACCCUGAGGAAGGACAGCUCGGGGAAGAAGGCGGCCGAGAGGGAGCGGGGGAGGGAGCGCGCCACCAGCCACAGCAGCAGCUCCACCCUCGACCCGAGGACGGCGCAGCCCCAGCGGCGCGGCUCCCUGGACCGCUCGCCCACCCGGAAGCGCAACCCCUCCCCCGACCGCCGGCGGGCCAAGUCCAUGGACCGGCGGGCGGAGCGGGCGCCGCCGCGCGACCGCACGCCUGAGCGCGAGAACGAGCACGACGACGGCGGCUUCCUCAGCGUCACGCCCGACCGCAAGUCGUACGAGCGCCGCCUGCUGCAGGACCCGCAGACGCCCCGCGGCGGCGGCGGCGGCGGCGGCGGCGGCGGCGGCGGCGGUGGUGGUGGCGGCAGCGCGGCCGGCACCCCCGAGCGCGCCAACAACAACAACAACCACCACCACGCCGCCGACUCGCUGUCCCUCCUCAGGGGCCGCACGCCCGACAGAGCCGCCAUGAACAACGGCAACUUCCUGAGGGACUCCUCCCCACAGCGGGGCCUGGCCAACGGGACGCCAGAGAGGCGGUAUCGUACGGAGCGCGACUCCUCGCCGGAGAGCAACUACAGCCGGGAGGAGGUGAACUACGCGCCGGUGGUGGCGGGGGCCCCCAGGCUCAAGGACUACUACAGCAUGAUGAAGAACAACGCUGGCCACAACAACGCAGGCCACUUCAACGCCACCGGCCACAACAAUAACACGCUGGGCCCGGGCCAGGGCCAAGGCCAGCUCCCUGAGCCCAAGAGACGGCUGUACAAGGAGAGUCCCAAAGACCUGAGUAUCUAGAGCCGGAAAACAGAGAGCCCUCUGCCCUCGCGCCCCUCUCUCCCCUCCCUCCCUCCCUCCCUCCCCCCGUCUUAUGUGUGGAAACCUAUGUACUAUACACUGGAAGUGAACUUAAACUGAGGACACAAAACUCCUUGUGAAUGGUUGGAUCCAUUGGUUGAGUAAUAGUCGAUUGAUUGAGUUAGCUGACUUAAGUCCUUGUGAUCCCAGCUAGAGAAUCAAUUAAAGAAAAAAAAUAUGAAAAAACUGCAGGAGUACGGUGCUUUGGGUUUCAUUCUGGUUGUUACGUUAUUGUUCUAGUUACUUUGAGCAUAAGAGAGGUUGUUGUAUACUGUAGUUCCGGUAUUGUAUGUGCCUGCAUAUGAAUAAUCAGUGAUGUUGCUUUUUACAGGCAUUUCUGAUCUCUAAAAUAUGUGUUUCCUCAGAGGUUUGAAGCAUUCUUCCAACGGUGGUGACUUGUUCAUCCAACACACAGGCUACUUUUCAAUGUAUUUGUCUUUUCCACUCCUGAGUUGCUUUAUUAAAUGAACAAUAGCACAAGACACUGAGGGUUCACAAGAGUUGGCAACGUGUUACUGGACAUUUAGGCAAAGUAUAAGGGAAGAUUCUGAUUCACAAAGUGACAAAUAUAAUGUAAUAUAUCCCCCCUCCCUACCAUUUGUUCACUAUUUAUUUUUUGAUCGGUUAAAAUUCAAAGGAGUAAGACUUGUAAAUGUUAUUUUUUCACUAUGUUUAAUUUCCGGGUUUAGAAAGUACAAAUUCUCACCAUUAUUUUGAGUAAUCCUUAGAGGAACAAAAUAACGAAGGAAAUGCAGUUGUCUCAAUGCAUGACUGGAGCAGAAGCAUGUCAGGGCUUUUACUUUCUGAACGUGGUAAAGGUCCUCGUCCAACCACACUUUGGAAACUCUCUGGUAACACCCUACUAAAUAUGCUUGGACACUUGAUGGUGUGGCAGCUAGCCCUCAUUCCCUAAACAUCCCCUAAACAUCCCCUAAACAUCCACGCACUGUAUUUCAGAGAAAGGUCAUUUCGACAUACCAAUACCCAGGAAUUAU